CCGACGCACCACCGGCGGCCGGAAGUUGAACGUUUCUUAAACGAGCUGACAUAAGUUGCACAUGGAUCUUACGCACCGGCAAGUGUUAAGUCUUUGAUUCUACGUGGAUGGCUUUCUCUCCUCUACAUCGUAAUAUUAAAUCGAAUUCAACGCGGGUUUUGUGUGGAGUCAACUCAAGUGGCUAAAAUGUAGCUGGGAUGGAUUACCAACAUCAGCACCUGCAUACACAUAACAUUUAAGCCCCUCUGCAGAUGAGCAGGCUGCAGUGACAUGGUAUUGUUUUUUGGAUGCCACCAGAGAGCCGUGGAUCCGGAGAGCAGCUGCUGUUUGUCCAUGACUGGUGAAGACACUGGUUUGGAGGCUUUGGCCUCACCACUGGCGGGGUAUUUGGGAAAAGUUCAGGAGAGAGCUGCUUCGCUGGAGUCCUGUCCCUGGUGCACGUCCAAGGGCCUCAUUUACGCUCUGCACUCCUACCGCAUCAACCUGCAGGAGUCCAUCACCCUCUGCACGAACCCACAGUGCCUUUUCCCUCUGGUGACUCGACCCUUGGAGGAUGUCUUGGCCAGUUUGGUUCCGGUGGUUCCCGGUGCCGGGAACAAAAGAAAACUUGACUCAGAACUUGAAAAGGAAGAGGUGAUCAGAUCUCCUCUCAAAUGCCUACGGUCAACCGAAGGGGGUGAUCUUUGGGCGCGGAGGGACACGGACCCACCUGUUAUGCCGCUAGAGCCGGGUUCUGUGAGUCCGGUCACAAAUGGCGUAAAUUCAACACACAAGACUGAGGAUGGAAAGGUUAAUGGAUUCCACAGAGACUUCUGGGAUGCAGAGACAGCGGGGUUACAAGAUAAAGGCGUGUUUCCAGGCUGUGCUGCCGUUCCAGAUGAACCUGCUACAUCCGUGUUCUCUCCUCAAUGCUCUUCAGACGUUUUGAACAGUAAUGGAACCGAUUCUGCACCCUCUCUCCAUCUUUGUGCCUCAGAAACGGACUUUAAGCACCAAAAUGUUCCUGUUCUGAAUGGUUACAGCAGACUGGGUUACAGUCCGGAGAACUCUACCACUAACAAAGAGACAACAGCAGAGGAGGAACUGGUAGAAGACUUUUCUUCAAGUGCAGAAGCCAAAUCCAUCAUUUCAGAGGAUACAGAUUUCCCCUGCACCUCGCUGGACCGGCCAGAGAAGCUGGUGUCUGUCCCGACGCGGCUGCUUUGGAGAAACAGUAAGAACCUGUGUUGGCUGGACUCGCUGCUUGCUGCUUUGGUGAAUUGUAAAAACUUGAGGAAAUGUAAACCAGAAGAACAGCCUCGUUGCUCGUCUGUGUGGCAGCUGAUUAGUAGAUACGAAGAGAUCUGCGCUGCCGUCCGGCUGCACCAACAGACUGGCAGUGAUGGUGUUGUGCGGGCACCAAGGCCCACGCUGCAAAAAGCCAACCAUGACUUGCAGAGUCUGAGGAUGUCUGUGUUCAAGCUGCUGCAGCCCAAGCUGCAAUGCAAACUGGGUAAAAUGGAAACUCCGGUAUUCGCCAUGCCUCUCCUCCUUGCAUUGGACUCCCAGGUGGAGCAACUCUUCCAGUCCACCUUCCAGUGGGAGUUCAGGUGCAGUGGAUGCAAAGUGAUCACUAAAGAAAGGGUUAUAAAAACUCUCCCCACCUUCACAAAUAUCGUGCCAGACUGGCGUCCGCUAAACGCAGCUCACUUCUCCCCGUGUAACAUGUGUGGCAUGAAGAACCAGAGGAGGACGAUGUUGUUGGAGAGUUUGUCUCCAGUGUUCGUGUUGCACUUUGUGGAGGGGCUUCCUGACUGUGACGUCAGUCUCUUCACCUUCACCCUCAAGAGGAAGCUCUACUCCAUCUCCACCAUCAUCCAGUACGACCACCAGCUAAAGCACUUUGUCACAUGGGUUCGUAAUGACGACGGAUCGUGGCUCGAGUAUGAUGACUUAAAGCACCCUGAGUUUAAGAUCCACCAAAAGCUCCAGGUCCCUGCUCAUGAGAUCCACAUCGUUUUCUGGGAAAUGGAGGAGGAUGCAAUCCCUCCACCUUCUUCACCUGAGAAGGAAGGAGGUUUAAGUUACAUGAUGGUGGACGGAGCGUCGGAUCAGACGCCAGAUCAGUCCUUUCCUGUGCUUCACGAUGACACCGACAUAAUCUGUGCGCUUACAGAAGAAGAUGGCAGCAACAUGACAGACUGUGCAGCUACAGCUGAUGUUAAUAUGUCGAUCGGUGACAGCACGCUUCUCAGUACCUUUGAGGGCCUCAGCCACAAUGACAUCAUCACACUCACUCUGGUUAAUGUUGAUCCAGCUGAUUCCAAAGUGAAGCUUUUGAAUGAAAACCACCGAGCUAAAUACACGGAUCCUCCUACCAAGACUGAAGGGCCGGGCCCCUCACCAGACAGCUCCAUCUCUGCAGCAGAUGGAGACGUGUGUCUCAAAGACGUUGUUGAGCCUCCUGCAGCCCUGGAAUCGCCCAAAACGGAGUCAGUCGACAGCUCAUCCACCAACGCACCUUUAGCUCCUGGAGCCAAAAGACAACGAGGAAAAGGCACGAGUCAGGAGAAAGGGGUUAGGAGACGGGGAGGUAAAGCAGCAGCACUGCAGAGCUCCUCUGAUCUCCCCGAAGAAUUCAGUCACACGCCUGUAGAGGUUACACCACAAGCAUCACCCGGGUCUUCAACUGACUCCUCGUCUCUGUUCACCAGCCAGAAAAGUUUACUAGAUCGGAACGCUCAGUUGUCCUUCCUGCUGAGCAAACUCCCUGCAAACCAUUAUCGCAAGUACUUAACUAAACCCACUCCCACCCAAAUCCCCCCUCCAGUCCCAGAAGUAAAGCCCUCUCAUCCAGUUCACUCUACUCCAAAUCCCAUAAAGAGACAAAGGAUUUCGGCAGGACUCCCUACGCUACAGCUCGUUACUGAGGAGAGUCUGGGUCUCCCCCCAAAAGCUGCAGAAAUGUACUGUGGAUUCGGUUUAAAGAGCUCCACCAACUACAGCGAGUUGCCAUCUCCUCUGCUCUCCAACGGCUACCCAAAACGGUCUGAGGCCCCCACUUCAAACCAACCCAUGCCUGGGAUGAUGCCUUCUGUCGCUGAAGUCUAUUCCUCAAAGAAACAUGGCAGCUACUCCUCAAAUGUUCCUCCAGGUCUCAACCAAACAGAAACUCUCAGAUACAAACUCCUAAAGAAGCUCAAAGCCAAGAAAAAGAAGCUUGCUAAGCUGAACCAGCUGUUGGGGAACCAGGAAGGAGCUGGCCUCCGACCAGACAGCACCGCCCUGACCUCUCCCAGUACAGUUACCUCCAGCACCUAUGAUGAUGACUUCCUGUCAGACCUGCUGUCACCAGCGACGACGGCCAGCAACUUUUCACCGGACAGCACCGGCUUUUUAGAGAUGAUACCCAAUGGGCAGGAUGGAACCAACCAUGUGAACAGCAUGGUUUCGCAGAAUAGUUGUGGCGGGAACGGUCUGGAGCAUGAGAACUUCCUGGAAGAUUUUCUCAUGCAGUGUGGUUUAGAGGCUAACUGAGAUCUUUUACUUUGCAGGCACAUUGAACCUCACCUGUUUGUCUCAUGGUAAAAUUAUGUUGUGCUAAUGCAGGAUUGAUGACAUUUUCCAGCCAGCACAUUAAAAUUGUUGACUUUUUGUCUAGAUUUUCCCAUAAAUAUUGCACUAAGUAGUCUGUGCAGAAGCAUUGUUGGAAGUUUUUUUAAUGACUUGAAACUCAACUGUAAAUAUUUUUUUGUCAUUUAAAAUAUGUAUGACUUAAAUCUUGCAUAUUAUUUGUUCAGAAAGUCUUUUUUGUUUACUGAUCGCAAUUUCUCCAACAAGAUUUGAUGUGGAGGGAAUAAAAUAUUUAUAUUGAAUUUUUAAUAAAGUUUCUUUUGUAUUUGUCUUCUUUUUAAA